AUGGAGCCUCCAAAAAGGUCAGGUCUGCCCAGCAUACUGGAAAGAAACUCGAAGGCACAUCUCGGCCAGAACUCUUGCCCCUCGCUUCAUUUUGGCCCAUGCCCGAGAGAUGUUGCUGAAGCGGGCAACGAAGGGCUGGCAGGCAGCCCUCUGGCUGACAAAGCAGUCAAUGGAUCAAGGACAUCAAUGAAGGGCUCGGUGUGCUUACCUCCAAUUCAGGCUGUUGUGCCAAUUCACGAGGGCUUUGCCUUGGCGGAGGACUCCACGCCGACAGUGAGCUAUAUCCGUGCAUGCCAGAGGGAGCUGGUCUUGCCGAUUCCUUCCAGUUUUGUCACUGGACAUUCCGGCAAGGUGGACGUUGCCCAGGUAUGUUCGGACGCUGAGCUGGCAGCGCUGGGUGCCGUCGGGCGCUUGGCUGCAGUCGAGGAUGUGGACUUGUCCAGCAAAGCCUUGUCCGACGCUGCAGUGGCACGCUUCUGCCAGGACGUUCUGCUGGCCGACCAAAAUUUGCACAGCCUGCAGAGGCUAUGUUUGAAGGAGGCGCAUGUGGCGCAGGGAACUCAAGCUGCCCUUGUCAGGCUUCUUCAGAAGGGUGGUGCCGAAAACUUGCGCUUCCUUGACCUGAGUGGUGUAUCGAUGAGCAUGCGCCACCUACCUGCCUUUUGCGAAGCUGUGGAGAAGCACAGAUCUCUGUCGACGCUCAAGUUGAGCAACACAGGGUUGGGCAGGGCCAUGGAUGUCAAGCGCUGCCUGUCCCAAAUUUUAGCCAACGGAAUUGAGGUCCUUGAUAUUGGUUGGAACUGCUUGGCUGCAGAGGAGUUGAGAUUUCUGGGAGAACUCAUGGUCUCAAACAAGUACGUCAAGCAGCUCAGCCUGGCAAACUGUGCAUCAAGCAGCCAGAAGAACCACCAUAUCUCCCCUUGCGUGUACUUCUUGGAGCAGCUUGUGCACGGCACGGCGUUGGAGUCCUUGGACAUCUCUAUGAAUCGGCUCGAUUUCCGUGGCGCGCUUGUGAUCGAGGACGCGCUUGGGCAGAGCAGGAAGCUUACGAGCUUAGUCAUGUCGCACAACCCAUUGGGCGUCAUGGGCCUGCGCAGCCUCCUUCGGCUCCUGGCCAGGCAACGCUCCGGCCUUGUUUCGUUUGAGAUUGAGAACUGCUUCAAGGGUGAAAUCCUGGCAUCUGUGGAAGGCAUUCAGGUCUUCACGUUCACCAACCCCGGGGGUCAUUACACGCUGGAUCUCGAGAGGCCUUACCAUCGCUCUCUUCUUCGCACUCUGUACAAGGUUGGUGAGCGGUUGCGACUACCCCCCGCGGAUACGUUUUCUAACGUGUCCUUCAGCCUGGGCACUUUUGUGCUUCCUUUGCAGUGCGACUCGAACGGCCUUUGGCCUGUGCCAACAUCAGGAGUUCUGAAGGUAAGCUUCAGCAUUGAACAGGCGAUGAAGCAGGCAGUGCGCGACGUUGCCGAGGACAAUUUUGGCGAAGUGCUGGUUCGAUACAAUGAGGUGAUGCGCUUUACGCCCGACUUCCGCAAGCUCAUUCCUCUUCUGGCUCAGUGGAGAUUGCUGGAUGGACAUGAGCAGGAGCAGCUAGCAAUGCUGGCCGCGCUGGGUAGGGAUUUCAUAUUCACCUCGACACACCUUCGUCAGCUGUGUGCGUGCAGAUCGAUGGUCGGCACCACGGUGGCUCGUUUGCUCCCAACACUUGCAGGUGGAAAGUUUGCGCGGAACAUGGUAAUGCGAUGUGUGGACAACUUAAGUGAGUUCGUCAGGAUGCUCACGCUGUGCAAGGAGUAUUUGCUCUUCAACCCUGACAGCCCCACAGGCCAUUACAAGCUUGACCUCGGGAAUACAGCUGCUGCUUACGUGGCGCAGGCACUGGCAUUGCUGGACCGCUGGGAGUCAGGCAUAGCCAAGCGGAAGGCGGUGCCCGACAUUUCUGAGAAUGGUGAUUACUCCUGUGUACGAAACUGCAUGUACGCCCACCAGCCUCUGCACUGCUUGGGCCUGCAGAGUUUUGAUGAAUGGGUGAUUCCUGAGAAGGAGAUUCUGGAGCUGGACUAUGUCACGCACCUCCGUCCAUCCUGUCAGGGGGAAGUGAUGCCUGAUGUCACCUUCAAAGAGUUCCUGACCAUCCUCCAGCAAGCGGAGUGUGAUGGACCCACGCAGAUCAAGGUGACGCGAAAUCUUGCUCAUCACAUCAAUCUGACGAGUGUCCAGAUGCGGCAGCUGCUUGGCGUCUACCGCACAUCAGAGCUACGCGAAGAAGCUUUAGUGACGACUUUCUUCCGAAUCGUCGACAUUCACAAUGAGAAGAUAUUCCGCGUUCGAUAUGAGGAGCAGUCGGAGCUGGAUAGCCUCCGACAGCGACUUGGCUACUGCACCUUCUUUACGUAUAUCCAGCCAGAGCAGGUCAGCUAUGACCUAAACUUUACCAAGUAUGACCAGCGCCUGGCAGCCAACAUCUUCCUCAGUUUAGCAAAUGCAGAGAGGCGGGACAACAUCUCAAAUUUUCGGUACACGCUGCCGGAUGGCACCAUCGACAAGCUUGAGCAGGGCGUCCCGCGCAGUUGGGAUACGUUUGCAAGAAUGCCACAGGACGGCAGCUUCCGCUUCACCUACAAGUGCUCGCCGCAGGAUCGCAGGUUUGCCUUACGCAGAAACCUGCUUAUGCAGUUUGGAAAAUGGAAGGUGGAUGUAAAGGAGGAAGAUGUGAACUGGUGGGCAGCAGCAGCGGAGGCGCCAGAGGAUGUGCUGGAGUUUCUCUUCUGGAUGAGAGCAAAAUUCAACGACACGUUGAAGGCUUUCGAGGCCUUCGAUGGCUCGGAUGGGAACGGCCUGCUGGGCCUGAGAGAGUUUGAGGAGGGGAUGAGACACCUGAAAUGUCAAAAGUUUCGUGGCAGAGAUGAGAAGCAGCGAUGGACGGCGAUCUUUCGCUUCUUGGACCCCAGCGGUGAGGGGCAGGUAUCCAAAGAUGAGUUCCUGACCUUGGACAGCUUCUGGGCAGAGGUGGAGCUCUCUAUCCGUGAGUUCAUGGGUUGGGCGGAGCGAAUGUUCGGGAGUGACCUGAGAGCUCUUUGGAAUGCCUUGGACGAAGAUGAGAGCGGGUCGAUCCAGCGCCACGAAUGGGAAGAGGUUCUUGACAAAGUCGGAUAUUUCGGCCCAUCCGGACCAAUUUUCAGCUUUGUGGACGAG